AUGGCUCCUCACCAAAAUGGACAUAAGGAGCUUCUUCAGCGGAUUAAGCGACUCAACCACCAACAUAAAUCAGCUGAGCAAUAUGCUAAAUAUAUCAUGUGCAAUGUGAAGGCAAACCCCAAAGAGACUGUGGAAGCAGGCACUUUCCAGAGCAUUUCACAAAACGCAGGGGAGCAAAGUUCAGAGCCUGAUUAUACGAGGAAGCCGCUGGUGGAGAAGAAGCGCCGGGCGCGGAUCAACGAGAGCCUGCAGGAGCUGCGGCUGCUGCUGGCCGACAGCGAGGCGAAGCUGGAGAACGCGGAGGUGCUGGAGCUGACGGUGCGGCGGGUGCAGGCCGUGCUGGAGCGCCGCUCCCUCGAGGGCGGGCGGCUGCAGCGGGAGGCCAGCGAGCGCUUCGCCGCCGGCUACAUCCAGUGCAUGCACGAGGUGCACACCUUCGUCUCCGGCUGCCCCGGCAUCGACGCCACCACGGCCGCCGAGCUGCUCAACCACCUGCUGGAGUCCAUGCCCCUCGACGAGGGCGCCUUCCCGGACUUGAUGGCGGACGUUUUGGCCGACCCCUGGCCCGGCGGUGGUGGUGGCGGCGGUGAGGCCUUGGCGGCCGCCGCUGCCAGCCUGGCCCUCCCCGCCUCGGCCCCCUCGCCUUCCCCCAGCGAAGAGACCUGCUCCGACUCGGAGGAGGGGGAGCCCGAGCCCGGCCAGACCUCCACUGAGGGACUGGACGCUUCCCGGACGCGCAGCCUGCCUUCGCCCAGCUUACCCAAAUCCAUGUGGAGACCCUGGUAAUGGAGGAGCCCAGCAGGAGUUGGACGCAGACCUACCUAGCGGGGAGAAGCAGCCAGGCCCCCCUCCCGGCUCCCCUGCCAGCAGCUGUGGGGACCGGCCAUCCACGGGCCCGGGGGGCUGCAUCCACGGCACUCGUACGCUGUCACACCCUGACAGGCUAAUAGCUAAACGCAUUAACAUUUCAUCCCCCCCUGUGUGUGUGUGUGUGGCAUUUUGUAACGUUAGGGGUUGUUUUUAUGAGGGGGGUGGGGAAGGGGGAGGAGGAGGGAGUCGUUUUUGGUUUUUUUAGUAGCAAAGCUCUUCGGUGGGUACACAGCAGUUAUUUUAUAAACGCUGCCUCUUUCUCUUUUGGCCCUUAUAAGUGGCCUGAAUAUCACUACCUUUUUCUUCUAAGAAAAAGCCUUUGUGCAUUUUAAGUCGUGGUGGUGAGCUCCAGGGGAAGCCGGAGUUGAGCCUGCAUGCGGAGUUUUAAGUGUUUUAGUGAUAGCAGAGAUCCCUGAGAGGGGUUGGUUGGGGUGGCUGGCGUCCCUAGGCGGUAGCGGUCUAUAGUCUCGCCUUCAGUGAAGGGAGAGGAGACUAGAAACCUGGCAGAAUUAGGUGAACGUUAAAGAGAUACUGGUGGCAGGGUGCCUUUUAGAAGUGAGUGUUCUUUAUGCACAUUUUGCUUUUAGCACAUUUGAGUUUAUUGUGACUUUAUGUAUAUUAGGGUGUCAAAUGUUUUUUUUAUUUUUAAUCUUUAAUAAAAAAAAUACUGAAUUCACAACUGAUUGCAUGUAUUGUGGAGUAUGAUGCACUUCUAACCAGUUUAAAAAAACUAAAAAUACAGUUCCCUAUUGUUAACUAUUAACAAAAGUGUGGAAACAAUGCCAGUAAUUAAGCACUUAAUUCUUGUACUAAGCAUUGUUAGCUCAAGUACUGGAAUUCAAAUGUUUCUUUUGUUUAAUACUAGAAGACACUUAAGUUAUUGCAGCAAGCAAGGUCAUACUGGUGCAGGGUUGAUCUUAGGCCACAGAUUUCUGGGAUCCAGAUAAACUAGCCCAGUCUCAAACCUACUCUACUUGAUCUGCCAUCUGAAGGUGUUGCUCAUACAUCUACAGUCCUAACUUCACAAGUGCUACGCAAAGCCUUUCUUGGGGCAAGACUUCACAUGCCGGGGGGGGGGGGUUUGUUGGUUUUGGGUUUGGUUUUUGGGGUGUUUUUUUUUUCGCUCUUGAAUGCAAAGUUGAAUAGAGCAUGCAAUGGAUUGGGAAAGUAUUCUUUACAAUUAAAGAAGUGUUUCUAGGGGGCUGUGGGGGCACCCUCAGCUGUCUUGUGCAUGAGGUUUGACACCUCCCCUGUUCCUGCUUCUAGGAGAUGCCAGGUUAUUUAUGCUGUGAUAACAGCUUUCAGAGAGCUGUCAUUGUACAGAGAAAAACCAAAAGGAUUAUAAAGUGGCUUAAUACAUGGAAGUUCCCAAACAUAGAACAAGCGAGAAAGGAAGCAACCUAACUACCCAGGGACUAGACUUGUAACUUUCUAUUGUUAACAACCCUAUGGAAUAAUAAAAGUGGAAACUAA